AUGAGAUUCAGAUUCAAGCUUACCCCCACCAACCUCAACCUUUCCUUCUCCCCCGAUCCCCAGGACGUCGCUGGCUCUGUGCAUUUCAACGUUCUGCAAACUCCUCAACGCCUGGAGUUUCAGUUCAUGCACGACAGCAACGUCUCCUUUUCCUCCUCUACAGUCCCCAACGCUGAAGUCGACUCGGACUACUACGACACCACCUACGACGACCACAACUUUCCUCCGUCAUCUUAUGAGGUACUUACCGACGACAGUAUCUCCGAGGAAACCACUGGACAGCCUGACACGUCCGAGUCCACUACCAGCAACGAAUACCGUGCUAGCUACGGCAGCACCUACGUCGGCCAUUCCGACAAUCUUGAGACGAUCGACUCUACUCAGCCGAUUACUCAAGCCGAAGCCGAGCCUCAGAAUGCGACUGGCUCUGACGAUCUCGGCUCCCCAUCGGAGCAGUCUGCCAACGAGAACGACGACCCUGCAGAGCUUGAGCCCGCGACGCUCGCUACUGCCACGCCGCCCUCCGCCGAUUUUCCCGUCAGACAGCCGUCCCCUGAGAACGGCAGCCGUACUCUUACAGCUCGUGAGAUCAUCCUGGCAAUGAUCGGUCACUAUUCAGUGACUCGCGAUGCGAGCUUCGGAAACGGCACGCAAGCUCUCACGCCCGGGCAAGCCGCCGGUCGUGUCGUCCUGGAUCUGAUUCAGCCUUCCAGACUCACCCCCGGACAGACCGCCGGUCGUCUCAUCCUCGACCUGAUCAAGCCCAAAUCGAGUAUCAAUCAUGGAACUCUAGACGUCGUCAAGAAUCGUGUUAGCAGCGUAUCCUCGGAUCCAGCCAUCGUGUCUUUUGCUCGCGCCCCCAAAACAGAGUCUGUGCAGCCAGCGGGCAGCUCCUCUGCUUUGACGCAAGAGAACGAUUCAUCUUCUGAGAUACUCAUCCAGAAACACAGAUCGGUCAGUGCUCCUAAUCGUCCGUCCGUUCCCGUUCGCCGCUUCAACCGCUUCUCGAGCUUUGCGGGCAUCUGCACCGAGCCUCUCGACUACUUUGUGUGCAAGAAGCCGCACUGCGCUCAGACUCACCGCGCCGCCGCAGCAGAGUCGCAGCCGCCUGAGAUUCAAGUCCUUUACCCGCUCAAGUCUUCUGAGCGCAAGAAGAAGAGCUAUGGCGAGAUCAAGCAAAGCGUUGCCACGACUACGACGGAGGAAGACUCUACGGCUCAGCCAGAGUUUGAUCUGCGCUCUCAUCUCCCGAUCGAUCACGUCCACUCGCUCGUCCAGAAGUUCGAAGCACAGCAAGCUACGAUCCCCGAUCCUAAGUUUCUCCACUCCAAGUUCUACCGUUCUCGUGCCUCUAGUAGAUCGGUUUGGUCUGGCACUCGGGGGAACGUGGUGGAAGGCCAUUCUCAAACGGCUAGCGAGCCUAUUGAGUCCGAGAAGGCCGAUGAGCCGGAACCCGUCGUAGAUGGACCAUCCGAAACCAUCCAGGAAGGUAACAUUUCUGGCUCUGCGACGGUCUCGACUGGUAUGCGGCUGGUAUUGCGACAUGAGGUCUGCAUGAUCCACUUGCUGUAUCCUCGCCCCCUCAAGUCGCCUCCACCGCAGAUCCAGCCUCGUGUUGUGGUACCAGACCACAUGGACAACACUGCGCCUGUAUUCCGUAGAAUGGUGCUUCCUGGUCGGGUCCCCCUUGUUCUCCAGUCUCCGAUCAGGUCAUUCAUCAGCCGCGAGCUUGCCCUAUUGUUUAGAGGUACCCCUGGUCUGCUGGCGCCGCCAGAGUUGUCUGCCCUCGUGCUUUAUCGCUCUUCGUCAACACAGACUCCGCCCGCGCUUCUUCCGGCACACGAACCGGUAUCUGACCGUCAGCUUGUGCUCUACAGACAGGGCACCUUUGAAGCCGGUCUCCCGUCUUCUCCAGAGCCGGUCAGAGACCGCGGUUUUGUGCUCUACCGAGCACUGACGAUGAAGCAAGGCUUGCUCGCCCUGCCUGCACCAGUUCAUCUCUCCUUGCGAUCCCGGUUCGCUAAAAGAGCAUCCGCUCUUAUUAUGCACGCGCGAUAUGCGUGCUGCGAGAUCCUCGCUUUUGUAUUUGUUUACUCCGUUGCCGCCCUGGCUUUUUCGGCGCACUUGGCGCCCACCGUUCUGCGAUACACGGGGCAGACGGUCUCAUCUGCUUGGGGGGUUAUUCUUGCGAUAUUUAUCUCAUUCCGAGGAGAGUUUCGCUAUCAGCUUGAGUUAAGUAAGCAGAAAAAACAGGCCGCGCUUGACUGUAGAUCCCUUGUGAUCUACCGGCCUCCCCCCGCUUCCUUUUCCUCUAUCGUUAUCCCGUAUGUUACUGCGCUGGGCAGUCUUUGUGUACGUGGAGGAAGAGUUUCCAAAGCCGUCGCUAUUUCUAUGGUUUCCAGUCUUUCCGGUUUUGUGGAUCUCAGCUUCAAAGCUGUUCUUGUGGUGAUCAUUAUUCUACUGGCAGGACUCGCACGCGGUCUCCAGAGAUCCUUCCAGCUCGUCCGCGUUUCGACUACCGCGCAGAGAGAGCAGAGUCUGCAGACCGUGCAGAGCGAGCACAAACAGAUUUUUUCAGACGAGACGUCUGAAACGCACGACAGAGAGCUAGAGCAAGAGAAGUCUAUCGCCGCGGCCGCACCCCCCACGACCGGUGGUGCGAGCCAUAUCGAUGCGCGACCUUCACUUACGCUGACUACAGAGCUUGCUAUCUCGAGUAUGAAGGACAGUAGCCCGGCUACUGAGUCUUCUUCUUUGGAGCUAUCGCCCUUCUCUAGCCCGUCUCUCCCAGCCUCGUCGCCAGCCUCUUCGGUGCCUUCGCCUGACACAGUCCUGGAGAAGCCCGAGCCCUUCUCUCAAUACGGCACGGAGGAGGUUGCCCACGACGAUGAAGUGGAUUAUGAGAUGGACUACUCCCCUGCGAUCCCCGAUGAGAUCGAAUAUAGGGGGGAGGGCGAUAGCUCGAUUCAUACGAACUGUCCCUCCGACUGGUACUUUCCCGAUUACGAGCAAGUCCUUGACGGAGCCGAUGGUUCGCACUAUCAGAUUUCUGAUAUGGAGCCGUGCUUGUCUAUCUUUUUGAUUGACGAGUCUACCAUUCCGUGGUAA